AUGGUCGAAUGCUAUACUGCUUUGCAGGAAAUUCCUGUUACAAGGGACCAUAUUGAAAAAUGCUCGUACUCGAACUGGUACCCGCUGUUCAAGGACAGAGUACCGAUUUCUCGAAUUAUCAGACCGCUACCCAAAGAAUUUGUUGAGUAUCUCGAGCAGGAUGGGAUAAAGUUGGCAAAGUCUGACAGGCCUUCAGCAUACACACAAGAAAUUGUAAGAGACGAUGAUAACGGAUACAGCGACUGGGACGGCAGCGAGGCAGAAAAUGACAAGAACGAUGGGACAGACAAAGAAGACACGACAUGCAUGAGAGACCCUCUUGUGGAUUUCAGUGCAAUCCACAAUCAAAUACGGGAUAUAAUCGCGGAAAUAGGACCUGUGACGCCGAAACUGAAUUGGUCAGCGCCUAGAGAUGCAACAUGGAUACUACCGACCAACACAAUGAAGUGCAGCGAAGCUAACGAAAUUUAUCUGCUCUUAAAUGCCUCGAAUUACAUAAUGCACGAUUUACAGUACGCACUUUCGGAGUGCUCUGAUGUCAAGCACGGUGAGAGGCCGCAAUAUGAACUUGUGUUACGAAAAUGGUUCGACAUCAACCCUGCACUAGAGUUCAGAGUUUUCAUUAAGGAACGCCAAAUCAUCUGCAUAUCGCAGCGUGAUCUGAAUCAUUACCCAUUCAUAGAGACAGACUCCAAGGAUUUCAAAAGAAUUAUUGAAGAGUUCGUUGAAGGAGAGUUCUUGACUAAGUUUUCUGAAAGGAAUUGCGUCGCAGAUGUUUAUAUUCCCAAGCCUUACGGAAAAUUGUACCUCAUUGAUAUUAAUCCAUUUACGAGAAUUACAGACCCUCUGCUAUUUUCGUGGAACGAAAUUUUAACCAUAAAACCAGACCAAUCCAGGAGUUUUGAAUUACGAUACGUUACAAAGAAUAACAUAGGUAGAUUUGCAUCCAAGGAGCAUUCCGAGAACCAGGUCCCUAAGGAUGUUGUAGACGCCACACUGGAUCCUAAUGCGAUAAGAGAACUAACAGCCAAGUGGCAGGAGCUUCUUAAUAAGCAAGAAUCCGAAGAGUCUGAUAGUGAUUAG